AUGUACGCCAAAGGUAAAGGAGCUGUCGUCCCUUCCGAUAGCCAAGCGAGAGAAAAGUUAGCUUUAUAUGUGUAUGAGUAUUUGCUGCAUGUCGGCGCACAGAAAUCAGCACAGACCUUCCUGUCAGAGAUCCGAUGGGAGAAGAACAUCACACUUGGGGAACCUCCAGGAUUUUUACACUCAUGGUGGUGUGUAUUCUGGGAUCUGUACUGCGCUGCCCCGGACCGGAGGGAGACAUGUGAACAUUCCAGCGAGGCCAAGGCUUUCCAUGACUAUAGUGCGGCCGCUGCUCCCAGUCCAGUGAUGGGCAACAUGCCGCCCAAUGAUGGCAUGCCAGGAGGACCCAUGCCCCCGGGCUUCUUUCAAGGUCCUCCAGGAUCUCAGCCUUCCCCUCACACGCAGCCUCCCCCACACAACCCCAGUAAUCCCAUGAUGGGACCUCACGGACAGCCAUUCAUGUCUCCACGGUACCCAGGUGGCCCAAGGCCCGCCCUCCGCAUGCCAAAUCAGCCUCCUGGGAGCAUCCCCGGGUCACAGCCUCUCCUACCAAACAGCCUGGACCCCACUAGACCUCAAGGACAUCCAAACAUGGGAGGUCCAAUGAGAAUGAAUCCCCCUCGAGGCAUGGGAGGCAUGGGCCCACAGAACUACGGCGGAGGGAUGAGGCCUCCUCCAAACUCCAUGGGGCCCGGGAUGCCGGGCAUGAACAUGGGUCCCGGUGGAAGAGGUCCAUGGCCGAACCCCAACACCAACUCAAUAGCUUAUUCAUCUUCAUCUCCAGGCAACUAUGUGGGCCCUCCAGGGGGAGGCGGCCCACCAGGAACUCCCAUCAUGCCUAGCCCCGGAGAUUCGACAAAUUCAAGUGAAAACAUAUACACAAUGAUGAACCCUAUCGGCCCUGGUGGAAAUAGACCUAAUUUCCCAAUGGGACCGGGUCCUGACGGGCCCAUGAGUGGAAUGAGUGCUAUGGAGCAGCAUCAUAUGAACGGAUCACUAGGCUCUGGUGACAUGGAUGGGUUGCCGAAGAAUUCUCCCAACAACAUGGCAGGCAUGAACAAUCCUCCCGGCACUCCGCGGGACGACGGCGAGAUGGCUGGCAACUUUUUAAACCCAUUCCAAAGUGAAAGUUAUUCACCCAACAUGACGAUGAGUGUGUGAUUUUUUUUAUUUUUUAUUUUAUUUUAUUUCUUUUUCAUCUCCCUUUAUCCCCAACCUCCCUCUUUCCUCUGCCCUGGUGCGUCUUGCAUUACCUUCCUCCCUCCCUCCCUCACUUCCUACCUCCUCCUGGUGGACGGUGUGCUGUGCCACACAGCCCCUGGGGAUGCACAUGGAAAGCAGGACUCCCCUCAAGGCCCCUCAUCCCAACGCCUGUAAAAUGGGUUUAAGAACAUGAAAAGGCCUCCAAAUAACAGAAAGGGUCUCUUCUCCGCUUCUUCUUCACCUGCCGGGCCUCCAUACAGGCUCUGGGACAGCAAGGGCCCAAAACUGCUCCAAGCCUGCCUCUCCGAAA